UGCACAUUACAGAUAUCACAGGAACAAACAAACAUGCACACUACACAUUACACCCUCCACACGUAUUGCCACGUUGGCUUCCUCCUCUACAAUUGCCUAUAUCCUCUUCCUUGAUCAAUCUUUCUGUUUUCUUUUUGAAUUUGAUAAACCCAGAAACAAAGAAGGAAGCUAAUUAUGGGGGUGACUUUCCUCUCAACUAUCCCUUCUCUUGUUCAUUUCUCAUCUCUAAGCAACCCCACCACCAGUACUGUCACUCAUAGACUCCCUCCUCGUGCUGGUCCUAUUUGUGGCAUUAAGAAUGAGACCGAUGUUACUAGUGAAAAUGAUUUCCUUCGAAGAGAUGUUUUAAAAUGCUUCGGUGCUACCAUUGGCAUGGAACUAAUAACAAGCUCUGGAUCAUUUGUCGAAAUGGCUUAUGCUGCUGAUUUGAUUCAACGCAGACAGCGUUCUGAGUUUCAGUCAAAUAUUAAGGGGACCCUUUACACAGCGUUAAAGGAAAAACCUGAACUUGUCCCAUCAAUACUAACUCUGGCACUGAAUGAUGCCAUGACUUAUGAUAAGGCUUCCAAAUCUGGGGGCCCAAAUGGAUCCAUACGUUUCAGUUCAGAGAUAAGCAGACCUGAAAACGAGGGACUUGCUGCAGCUUUGAAUAUGUUAGAGGAAGCAAAGGAGGAGAUAGAUUCAUAUUCGAAGGGUGGAUCCAUCUCCUUUGCAGAUCUUAUCCAAUGUGCAGCAGCACAGAGCGCGGUUAAGUCUACAUUUCUAGCUUCUGCCAUCCGCAAGUGUGGAGGUAAUGAAGAGAAAGGAACAUUAUUGUACUCUGCGUAUGGCUCAAAUGGACAGUGGGGAUUGUUUGAUAAGCAAUUUGGACGGUCAGAUACCCAGGAGCCAGAUCCAGAGGGAAGGGUUCCUCAAUGGGAAAAAGCAACUGUACAGGAAAUGAAAGACAAGUUUAAAGCUAUCGGCUUUGGUCCCCGCCAGCUAGCUGUUAUGUCUGCAUUCCUUGGUCCAGAUCAAGCAGCUACUGAGGCCUUACUGGCCACUGACCCAGAUGUUUUGCCAUGGGUUCAGAAGUACCAGCGUAGUCGAGAAACUGUCUCUCAGACAGAUUAUGAGGUUGACCUGAUAACUACUCUCACCAAAUUAAGUUCCUUGGGCCAACAAAUCAAUUAUGAAGCAUACACAUAUCCUGUCCGAAAGAUAGAUGUGACCAAACUCAAAUUAUAGAGGAAGCGCAUAGCAUUUUUAAGAACCGGCGAUGACUCUAGCUACUAGAAAACUAUUCUUUCACUACUUUUGGCAGGGAUAGCAUCUGCAAGCUUCUCUUUCUUAUUUUUAUUUAUUUUGGCCUCCGCCAUGCGAACAGUCUAUAUCCCAUGAAAAAUGAGAUGGUCCAUGUAUAGCUCUACUACUUUAUAGAGAAAAGCUUGUUUCAUGUAA